CCUGAUUACACGUAACAGAACCCUUGCUCAACGUUCACUCUUGCAAUUGCUGACCGUAAUGAACCACAUUCUGUGAGCUGGCCGAGUGCACCUUCACCAAGAGAAUGGCUCAAAACAAAGCCGUCAGCUGUGUGGAGAGAGAGCUUCCGGAAAGACGGAUAUCUGGUUGUGGAAGAUCUGUUGACGAAGGAAGAGCUUGAGAUUUAUCAAGGUGUCUGCACUAAGAUGCUUGAAGGUGAAAUCGACACAACUAAUCACAGACAUGAUCUUGGAAACGUUGCCGGACAAAAGCAACCACAUAUAGAGAACAUUUGUCAGAUACUUUGGCCAAGCCUGUAUGUCAGGCACUUAGAUGAGGGACCAGUACACAGACGAGUAGAGGCUAUCGCCCAGUGCCUACUUGGUGACGAUAUCAUGUUCGACCACGACAUGAUUCUAGCGAAGGCGCCUUUCACCGACACGACGACCCCUUGGCACCAAGAUGAAUCCUAUUGGCCUAUUGUACCGGACAAAAGAGCCCUUAUGUGUUGGACAGCUUUGGACAAUGCCGUGAAAGACAACGGAUGCAUGUGGUUUGCGAAAGGAUCUCACAAGGGGAUAUUGCGUGCACACACGCCUAUCAAAGAAGGCUGCCAUGUUCUUACUUGCGAAACACAGGAGAAUGACGAGAUGGUAUGCGUGGAAAUUCCGGCCGGGGCAUGUACAUUUCAUCAUGCUCGCACGUUGCACUAUACACGCGGAAAUACCACCAAUCAAAUGAGACGAGCUAUUGUGACGUCAUACAGACCAGCCGCCAUGUUGAAGGAGUUUGAACAUGCAGGCCACGACCAUGGAAAAAGGGUUUGUAUUUCAAUUUUAGGACGCAUUUUGGUAUGGAUAAUGUUUGUGUUAAGAACACUCCUUAAAAGGAAUUAAGCAACAUCCACAGCUUCAAUUAAAAUAGCCAUUUUAAAAAAAUAAUGACCUGCAUCAAUAUGUAACUAAAUACACUUGUUUUGGAUUACAGAGUGACACACUCCUGUUGAAUCGAUAUCUAUUAUUAUUAUCUAAUGACAUUUUUGAAGCAUAGGUUAAGUUUUAGCGUCUUAUGAUUAUGGAAUAGUAUUUUUCGCUCUAAUUUAUAAAACCGUUCUAGUUGUUACUUGGCUACCUUUAUAUUCAACCCCUCUGCUUCUUUGCAUCUUUGGGGCACUGAUUGCCCAGUCGUCUAAGGCGCCGCAACUCGCUGUGAAGAGUUGCGUCCCUUGGGUAUGACAGAAACCUAUGAUUGUGGGUUCGAAUCCACGUUCGCCCCUUUAAUGUUUCUUGGUUUGU